AUGUUGCGCACGAUACGCAGUCACGACGAUGUACCUGCCUACUCACACAAAAGCCCGGAAGAGAUAGUCACCGACUAUCUACAAAAGGUAUUCCAACACCUAGAGAUGGAAGUCGACCAGUUUGGCCCGAUCGCAAGAAAGCAUACAGCGACUGAUCUUGUGGUCACUGUACCUACGGACUGGUCCUAUAUGGCGAUGAACUCAACCUAUCGAGCAUUGAUGAAAGCGGGGUUUAACCGGAUGAACUUUCCGAGAUUACAGGACAUCAUGUUCAUCACAGAACCGGAGGCUGCUGCAGUCUACACUGCGCGCCAUUAUCGAGACGAGUUGUCACAAACAACUUUGCAGGAGGGACAGUACUUCAUACUGUGUGAUGCCGGGGGCGGCACAGUGGACGUGGUUUCAUACCAGGUUAAGCGUUUGGAACCAGCGCUUGAGCUGGAGGCCAUUGGAAGUCCGACUGGUAAGCUGAGUUCACGCCUAGCGAGUGUCAUUAACCAGCCAUAG